CAUUUUCAUUUUCUUUACUUGUCUUUGUGCUACUUGGGCUCUGCCCUUUUUCUCAUUUCUCAUGGCGUUUGGUACUCUUACAUGCAACCUCCGAUUUCAUCCUUCCUACUACUUCAAAUCCCCUGCAAAACGGACUACCAUUUUGGCGCGAAAUUCAAAUGGGCAAGAGCCCUCCCCUAACGGUCAUCCUUCUCUACAGAAGAAUUCCUUCCCAGGCAAGCCAGAAGCAGAUGUAGUUAUUAUUGGGAGUGGAAUUGGUGGCUUGUGUUGCGGGGGACUUUUGUCUAGAUACCAACAAGAUGUUCUUGUAUUAGAAAGUCAUGAUCUACCAGGUGGUGCUGCUCACUCAUUUAAGAUCAAAGACUACAAAUUUGACUCCGGUCCAUCUCUUUUUUCUGGAUUUCAGUCACGUGGUCCUCAGGCGAAUCCUCUUGCCCAAGUUUUGGAUGCAUUGGGUGAGUCAAUCCCUUGCGCCUCCUAUGACUCAUGGAUGGUGUACAUACCUGAAGGUGAAUUUUUGUCACGUAUAGGUCCCACAGAAUUUCUCAAGGACCUGGAGAAGUAUGUAAGUAUGGAUGCUGUGCAGGAAUGGAAAAAACUUCUUGAUGCAGUGCUUCCAAUGUCAGCUGCUGCUAUGGCUCUACCUCCUUUGUCCAUUCGAGGUGAUUGGGGUGUUCUCUCCACAGCAGCGGCUAGAUAUGCUCCUUCACUCUUGAAAUCUUUCAUUCAAAUGGGACCUCAGGGAGCUCUUGGUGCUACAAAGCUUCUCAGGCCCUUCUCAGAGAUUAUUGAUUCCUUGGAGUUGAACAACCCUUUUGUACGAAACUGGGUGGAUCUUUUAUGUUUUCUGCUUGCAGGGGUGAAAUCUAAUGGUACACUCUCAGCAGAGAUGGUGUACAUGUUUGCUGAAUGGUACAAACCAGGUUGUGCGCUUGAAUAUCCUAUUCAUGGGAGCGGGGCAGUUGUUGACGCUCUUGUGAGGGGGUUGCAAAAAUUUGGUGGAAGGCUUUCCUUAGGAACUCAUGUUGAAAAGAUUGUUGUUGAAAAUGGUCGAGCUGUUGGGGUAAAACUAAGAAAUGGUCAGUUUGUACGUGCUAAGAAGGCCGUAGUUAGCAAUGCAUCCAUGUGGGACACUUUAAAUCUGCUACCUGAAGAAGUCAUUCCAAAGUUGUACAAAGAAAGAAUUAAAGCGACACCACAAUGUGAAUCAUUCAUGCAUCUCCAUUUGGGUUUUGAUGCGGAGGGAAUCCGUGAAGAUUUGGGAAUCCAUCACAUAAUUGUAAAUGACUGGAACAGAGGAGUUGAUGCUGAUCAGAAUGUUGUUUUGAUCUCUGUACCUAGUGUACUGAGCCCAGAUUUGGCACCCCCUGGGAAACAUGUGUUGCAUGCCUAUACCCCAGGAACUGAACCAUUUGAAUUGUGGGAGGGACUUGAUCGUAGAAGCCUUGUAUAUAAAAGACUAAAGGCAGAACGAUCAGAGGUAAUGUGGAGAGCAGUCGAACGUGUACUUGGUCCGGGCUUCAGCCGUGAUAGCUGUGAGGUGAAGCUGAUAGGUACACCACUAACUCAUCAAAGGUUCUUGAGAAGGAACAGAGGGACAUAUGGACCAGCCAUACAAGCAGGUAAAGACACAUUCUCUGGACAUUCUACUCCAAUCCCACAACUCUUUUGUUGUGGAGACUCUACAUUUCCAGGCAUUGGAGUCCCUGCAGUAGCUGCUAGUGGUGCCAUUGUUGCCAACUCUCUAGUCCCUGUAUAUCAACACUCUGAGCUUCUUGAUGCCGUUGGAAUUUGACUGCAUUGAAGAACUUGCUCCUUUUUUUCUCAUUCUUAUCUCAUUGGUUUAAUCAUUGAAAGGACACUCAUCUAUUACCUAUAUUGUAUGAAGACCUUAAAAAUGUUGGACUUUGUAAA